GUGAAUUCUUUCCGCUUCAACCUCAACCCCAGCUGUGAGGUCCAGCUGAAGCACUGCCAGCAUUGCAGAACGCCAGCUUGUGAGGACCGCAUGUGGUUUGCGGCCUGGCCUUUCUGAGGAGCAUGGCGAGCUCGUGCUUAAGACAAUCUUUUAUGCAGAACAUUAGCUCGGUGGCAGCAUUGGAUGCGCGGAGCCAGUCCGAACUAGAUUGUUCUACAAGCUUCUCUUGCAGGGCCAGUUCCUCGCUCGCCGCUCCUUCCUGCUUGGACAAUUCUCUGAUUAGUCGAGGCUUCCAGUCAAGCAGGUUCCUCUGGCAUCUUGGCAGAAUGGACGCCAAUCUCCUCAGAUCUCGGAGCAAGCAGAGCAGAUCAACCAGAGCAGCUGUUGGCGAUCAGGGUUCCGCUGAAGAUCUGGUGAAAGCCUCGACUGGAAGCCCAGGAUGGACAGCAGAAGGAGAAAACCAGGCAGCAAGUAUAACUGACCUCAGCCAACCUGUAAGCGAUGGAGCACCGCUGCUGGAAGCGCCAGCCUCGGUACAGGAGAUGGCAGAAGCAGCCGUGGGAGCACAUUCUGAUGAAGCCGUCAAGAAGGGCGCCUUGAUCCACGAUUUCUGCUUUGGAAUACCAUACGGAUCAGUCCUUGCUCUGGGCGGCGUGAUCUGGUACUUUGUCAAGCGGCAGCCGGUUUCCCUCUGGCACGGGCUAGCACUGGGCCUCACACAGCUGCUGCUCAGUGCCCAGAGCCUCAAGGCUUGGAAAAAGGGGGCCUCGUCAUUUCCAUACAUCCUGGGGUCGCUGGGCAUUGCCCUCUUCCUGACCGUGACCAAGGGACGAGCCUUUGCGCAAGGCGCACCCUUCCUUCCGAUGGGGCUCACAGCGUUGACCAGCAUUCUGAUGGCGCUCUUCUUCUUCUACGUCCUUCUUGCCGGCGGCAACCCACCACCCAAGGCCAACAAGGCGCCUGCAGUUUGAACUGGACGGAACCAAAUCGGCUGGCAUGAAUAAUAACGGACUGACUCUUAGUGCAUGUAACCAUGGAACUUUUCUGAGUCCGUUCAGGGCUCAAUUGAUAAUUACUUGCCAGGUUUACAACUAUAAAAGCAAGCGAACGUUUUUUGUUUCUCUCUAUCUUCUUCAAAAAGAAUCGUCUAGAUUGAUUAUGAUGCACUGAACUGUGAGUCCGUGAC